GCUUGGCGCCGAGGGGUGUGGUGCUUCCGUAGCGUUGCAUUGGUGUUGUGAGGAUGUCUGGCCGCGGCAAAGGCGGGAAGGGCCUGGGCAAGGGGGGCGCGAAGCGCCACCGCAAGGUGCUGCGCGACAACAUCCAGGGCAUCACCAAGCCCGCCAUCCGGCGGCUGGCCCGGCGCGGCGGCGUCAAGCGCAUCUCCGGCCUCAUCUACGAGGAGACCCGCGGGGUGCUCAAGGUGUUCCUGGAGAACGUGAUCCGGGACGCCGUCACCUACACGGAGCACGCCAAGCGCAAGACGGUCACGGCCAUGGACGUGGUGUACGCGCUCAAGCGCCAGGGCCGCACCCUCUACGGCUUCGGGGGCUAAGUGUCAUCGUUCAAGCUACCGAAAGUAUGCGAUUUUCACCCAAAGGCCCUUUUCAGGGCCACCUACCGCGCCCACCGAAAGCGCUGUCCACUUCGUGUUCCCCACUCGCUGUUGAGCCGGGUUAAGCAGUCGCUGCGUUUUGCGGUUUUGAAGUGAAGUUAAUUUGACAACUAAGACACUCUGCAUUUCUGGUGCUCUCCGAUAAUGAACGCAGAUCCAGAACAGCAGCCUGUGCUAAGUUGUGGGCUUGAAUAUACGUCCCUGUCGUGUUUCAGAGGGAUUCCCUGUCCAGCGUGGCUGGUUUCUUUCUGAGCCCACCAGAACCUUCUAUUGUACUCCUGGUUAGCGUUCUACAGAUUUGUUUCUGAACGUGCUUUGUUAUCCCGAGUAGUCUUCGGGACUUCAAGUCUUCGGCUUGCUUACAAGUCCACUUAAAUUUGCGUUAACAGAUGGUUGAAUUCCUGCUAGAGAGGUCAUGUGCUUUUCGACCCCAAACCUUCGUGGUUCAGAUCCCACCUUUGCGUCGGGAAAUGCGUGCUCAACUAGCAGCUCGCAGAUGGGUUACACAUUGUUCUCAGGGUCUGUAAACCUUGAGUCUCAGACUGUCAACACUGCCACCGUGUGUUAACAAUGGGUCUGAUUUUGUGAAGAUUCUCGCGGGACCGUUGUGCUGUGUCAACUGGUCUAUUUCCAAUAAAAUUUGUUUCCUGGAAUACAAAGGCAUAGCUGAAUAGGUGGGUCUGUCACUUUAGGCGACAUGUCCUGGCUUUUCUGGCACCAGACAUGCCCUGGCUUUUCUGGCAGCUGAAGUUAGGUUGUGGCACAGGGGCCCAAGAUGAGUCAGAAGUCACUCCUAGGUUUGGGCUUUAAAACUUUCUUCCCUCUUAUCUGGUAAGAAGGAGUUGACCUUGUUUGAUCUAGGAGAAACAUCAGGUCCUUAGGGAAUGGUAAAACAAUGACUUGAAGGAAAAAGAGUCCUGGAUUGAUCAGGAAGAGGUGGAUCAAUCACAAGGAUCUGUCCCGUGUGACAUGAAGAACUGUCUUUAAGCUAAUUUAUUGUGGAGACUGUUACAGCCACUUAACAUUUCAAACCAAAUACGGUUUGGGUUUCUCAAUUUCUGUAGCAGUGUGGACAGUCCUCUGUGGACCUGAACAUGGUUUUAAGGGAAGCUGAUUCCAAGUGGGGCCGUUUCGUUGGUAUGUGUGCCACUGUGUUCCAUUCUGGACAAAACACGAAAUAAGGGCUUAUUAUGUGUUAGAAACGCGUGGACUGCGCAAACAUCUUAGACAUUGUAAUGUGGGAUUUGAAAGUACUGUCUUCCCUUGGUAGAGUUGAUCUUCACAAUAAGUGGACCAAAGACACCUUUGAGAAUGUGUUAGGGGGCUCAAGUCCCCUCCGAGGCUCAUUCAGGGAAACCCCAGGGCUCCCUGGAUUCUUGUCAACAACCUGGAGUCUAGGACUUCAGGAUCUGGGAUCUAGAGAUGCAGAACUGAAGAGAGGAAAAGGCAGACAUAAUACAGAGAGCGCAUAUUGAACGAUAAUAUCCCACUUUAUUCACUACGGGCCGUAGGCGUAUCUAUUCUCGAGAAGUGAGUUUGGAAAUGCAAGCUAGCCCCAUCUGAGAAAUUAUGAUUUUCAGAGGCCUGAAGUCCAAACUGGCUGAAUCACACACGAUUUGGGAGUAAAUGAAAACAAUGAGGAUGGAUUUGCAGCCCGGUUCAGGAAGAAGUCCAUGAAUCUUCCUAGUUAAGGCCCUUUGAACUUCCAUCGCCAGUCUUGAAAAAUAUAUUAACAAGGCGUAAGAAUGCAGUCGUCUACGUCCUUGAGCAAUUCAUAUAUUAAGUUUACAAGUUUCCAUUAUCCCUUAAGAAAUAAAAAAAGAAACUGGAGACCUGACUCUGUGUCGUCUUUGGUGAGCUCACUUACCCUCUCUGUGUCUGUUUCCUCGUUUAUGAUAGGGAGAUAGCAGCAGUGUCUACCUUAUAGGUUUGGGGUGAAUAAAAUUAAGCCUUUGGUGAGUAUUUUGUCCAGUGCCUCGUACAUGGUAUCUGCUCCGUUUUGUCUUUUAUUAUGAUUGCUAUUACUAUUAUUGUUAUUUCUCAUGAAAUGAGAGAUGCCCAGAGAAAAAGAAGGUGACAUUUAAACUGUGACACAUACUCUUCAAGUUUUCAAUUUGCACUUGGUAUCUUUAUGUUCUGUGGCAAAUCUCGAACCACGUUUGUCAUCUAUAAUGCAGGGGAAGCUUCGUAUUUUUUUUUUCAGGCUUGAGUGCGAAAACCCCGGAUAAAUAAUAUGGUCACAGUGUGUGUGUGGGUUCCACAAACACGAGUUUACGUACAUUCUUAAGAAGUUGCAAGUGUAUUAACGAAUGUUUUGUGUAUACAACCAUAAAAACUCAAUUCCAGAUAAUUUUAAAAACAACCCCCCACCCCAAUAUACACACUAAUAUUAAGCAAAAAAACCAAGAGACUCUUGAAAGGGAAUUUCCCUGAUCAAUGAAGAAAUGGCUGGGUCCUCAGGCCUUUCACUUCUGUCGCUGUCCGCAGCUUCUAGGAAAGUAGAUUUGACGGAUCUAGCUGGGCAGGUGCCGGCUCCAAUCAGACAUCAUGGCCCUAGAGAAGGGGUGACAACACAGUGGAGACUCUUAUGUCCCAAGGGUGAGACCACAUUCCUGAGUCCCAAUGCUGUCAAUGUCUGGGUUGCCUGUUAUUCCCUGUAACUCGAAUUCCCAGUGGGUUCCAUUUACUGUAUGCAAAGGUCUCCCAUGUUGUCAUUUCAGUAGACAUCACACCAGGCUGGUCACACACGUCCUCCUUCCUGAAACACUAUUUUCUUGACUUCUGUGACUCUAAUCUCCUGGUUUUUAUCCUCACCAUUUAGAAUCUUUGGCCAUCUUCUUUUCUUUCCUUUCUUCUUUACCCAUGGGAAAAUUCCAAUUCUGUUGCAUGCCAACAACAAUAACAUUUCUAUUUCCAAACUCUUGUCACAAGUUCUAUGUUCGGUCCCCACUUUGCUCUGGUUCCCAGAUUCACAUGUACAACUACUCACUUGCUACCUUCCGUGGAAUGCUUUAGGGGAUUUAAACAUUGCCAUGUCCCGGUCUCUGAAACCUCAUCCUCUCCUAGAAUUCUUGGUCAUUAUGCAAGAAUUUCAGCAGCAUUGCAAGCGGUGGAUAAACAUACAGGCUGGGGGCACACAUUCUGGUUCCAACCCCAGCCCCACACCUUGCUCAUCCCCAGU